CGUCUACCUUCCAGGUAAGCUACUUCACGAGGCUACUGUCCACUCCCAACACAAUGUCCGAGCUAGAUGAGAUCAACAAGACCCGUAUAGCGGCCGGACUCCAGCCCAUCCCCGUGCCAGGGUCGUCGGCCGCUGACAAUGGGAGUGGCGAGGAUGGACAAGGAAUGCAGGUCGACGAGGACCCGGAUGUCGUUGCUCAGAGGAACUACCAAGAGAGGAUGGAGCAGGAUCGUAAAGAAAGGGAGACCAAGGAACUUCAAGAGCGAAUAGCAAAGGCCAAAAACCAACGAGCUCUCAAGGCCAAACUCAAGGGUUCUACGCUCGGGGAAGAGGACCCUUCCGGCUCCUCUGCGGACCAGUCAACCCUCGCAUGGUUGAAGGCCUCCAAGAAGAAGCAGAAACAGAUCGCCGCCCAGCUCGCUCAAGCAAAAGCGAGGGAAGAAGAGGAGAAGGAGCGGGAGCUCCAGGCGGUGUACGGGGCCGAUGAUCUGAAGGGGAUGAAGGUCGCCCAUCGGACUAAGGAUUUGGACAAGGCGGGAGGGGAGAUGAUUCUCACGCUAAAAGACUCUAGGAUCUUGAACGACGAGGAGGACGAGCUUCAGAACGUCGAUUUGGCAGACGAAGAUCGAAGAAGAGCGGGAGAGGUCAGGAAGAAGAGGGCCAAGCAGGGUUACACGGGAUACGACGAUGACGAGUUUGGCGCUGGAUCAGAUGAGGAUUUGGCCGGGGUCGGAAGGAACGUCUUGACAAAGUAUGACGACGAUUACGAAGGAGAAGGGCUGAAACGGGAAGGUUUCCGUCUAGGUGGAGCGAGUCCACCUCCCGAGAGCAAGAAGCGAAAGGCGGAGGACAGCGGGCCUGGUGCUAUGGUCAGCGGUAGCAUGGGAAUUAUCGACGACGAUGAUAUUCCUCAUAGCUCCGAGGCCAGUACGAGCAAGGUCAAUCGUCAGCUGCUCAACCUCGAUUAUACCAAAAACUUCGAAGUAUCGGACUAUGCAACGGAGGACACGACGUUCAAGAAAAAGAAGAAAAAGACCAAGCGAAACAUCCGACGAGCAGAUGUUGGACAAGAAGACCAGACCAAUCCCGAUGGUGGGGAGGUACAGAUGACCCCGCUCAACAGGGAGGUCGGCGAUAAUCUUGUCGGCGAUGACGACCUUCAGUUCGCCUUGAGCCGACAGAGAAAGCAGAGCAUGAUGAAGCGAGGAAAGCGAAUGAGAGUGGAUGAUCUUGUCGCUCAGGUCAAUGAGACUAGAGAGGCAAGCGAAGAAGGUUCUGAGGUCAAGCUUGAGCCCGGUCUCAAGGAGGAAGAGAAUGACGGUUUGACCUUCGAUGAUACGACCGAGUUCAUCCGCAACGUCACACUCGAUUCGCUCGUCAAGCGAGAACCUGUCGCUCGACCCAUCGCUUCGUCAUCAACUGCAGCAGCACCUGCGGCAGGGAUACAGCUGCCAGACGGGGUGACGGUCAAGCAGGAGCCUGGCGAGGAGCCGGAUCGUAUCCGAGUCAAGAUCGAGACGACGGACGAUGAUCAACCGCUGGGUGGAUUGGAAGUCACCCAGCAAGACGACGUCAAUAUGGAGGACGGCGAGCUGAGUGAAGAGGAUAGCGACCUCGCCGAGAUGGCAUUGAGGCAGGGCCUGAGUAUCGAGGAGAUGAGGUUGAAGAUGGACGCCGAGUUAGGCGGCGUCAAGAAGGAGGACGCUGAAGAUGUCAUGGUAUCAAAACCUGAGCCCACAGUCGCUGGAGGAGUGGCCGGAGCGCUGGCACUGCUUCGUCAACAAGGUGCGCUCAAGGAGACGACGAGCGAGACCAAAGAGCGCGAGCGUACGCAAAAGGAACGGGACCUCUGGCUCGCCGAUCACCGUCGAAGGAUCGCCAAGAGGGAGCUGGAAAAGGCCAAGCUCAGGGGCGGAGCCGUCCGAGAUCAGGCCCAACGGGAGUGGGAGAUCAAGACUCGGGAACAACAAGAAGCAAGGGACGCUCUGCAGGCUUAUGCGAAUUACAAGCCAGACAUCAAGAUCGAGUACACCGAUGAAUUCGGUCGAAUCAUGACGCCAUUGGAAGCUUGGAAGUCGCUAUCACACAAGUUCCACGGUAAAACUUCGGGUCGAAAGAAGACCGAGUUGCGUCUCCGACGAGUUGAGGAGGAACGUAAGCGAGAAGCUAUGGUCGCUGGCGAUACGCCCUCGGGUAUGUUGCAAGCGUUUGCACGAAGGCAGGAAGCUACAGGAGAAGCCUACAUGACCUUGUCUGUCGGGAACCGAAAGUCAGUUUCUGCAUUUCCCCUUCGAUACCUGGAUGUCUAAGCUGAUAUCUCUCACCGUGUGGAUGUUUUUUUCAUAGCUACGUGCCGACUGGGGACGUCAAGACGAAACACGGAAUCGUCACUCCGGGAGGCAAGAGCAAUGCCAGUGGAUCGAACAAGGCGGCAGGGAAGAAGGGUGGGCAAUCUGGACCCAAGGUCCUCGGUUAGAUGGAGAUCAACUCGAAUCACUUGCCUGUGACCGCCCGUCCAUGUUGACAAUUACAAUGCAAUAUAACCAAUCAUGUGAUUUAUACUCUGACGCCGCCCGAGUGUUUCCACGAGUUGCCUUUGGUAAUCGAUCAUCAGCCGUGACUUUCAAUGAAAGCGACUUUGAAUAGAGAGC